CAUUGGAUAGAGGAGCUUAAAUGAGCUCUCUCUCGACCAGCUAUAAACAUGGAAAGGCUGCUAUGUUUAUGUAUCAGUGAUAAUAGCGUUCGGUAAAGCUCACCUGGUAGAACAACAGCCUGGGUAUGAAUCCAACCCACGGCACUUUGUUGCAUGUCAACACUCUCUCUCAAUCCCUCUUUCCUGUCCCCAGUCUUCCUAUAAUGCAGGCAAAAACAAAUUGAAGAAAAUAUAAAUAAUGACAAUGCAAUACUAUAAUAAUAUUAUAUAAUAUGUUGUCAUUCUGCAUAAUUUGUCCGCAAUUUUGAUACUUAGAGAACAUUUAGCUGAUAACACAUUCUUACUUUUACUCAAUUAAAAUCUUUGAAUUUAGGACUUUUUUCUUGUGAUGGUGUCUUUUUAUAGUGUUAUAUUUGGUACUUUUACUUAACUAAGGGAUCUUAAUGCUUCCUCGUUGCACCAUCGUUCUUACUUCUUUUUACCUUUGAACUUGUCAAGUCCCUUCCUUUCUCCAAGGCACAUCUUGGAGGAAAGUAACAGGGGGGGGCAGAGCAAUGGGGGCAGCGGAGAAAGAAUAGCAUAGUAUGAAAGAGAGAGGGAGCGACAGAGAGAAAGGGAGCGCAAAGUCUUGUCAACCGGAAAUAAAACAAGCUGGCACCCUCCCCAUCCCCAAGCCCCAACACCCACCCCAAAGUCACAUACUUCCUCUUCACUCUCUCUCUCUCUCUCUCCUCUGUCUCCCUGCUUCCAUCUUCCAUCUCUCUCUUCUUCUCUCCCCUCCGCUGCAAAGAGAUACAUUUAAACCCCGGUUCUACUCUGCUCUCGCUCUUUGACUCUACCAUACAUGCCGUCAUACCUGCGUCAUUACUUACGCCUCACAUAGACCUCGUGUGCCUAUCGCCGAGGGUUUCUGUAUGGUGCUCCUUUAACCCGAUCUGGGGCCAGACAAUGCCUUUGUUUAUUGUCCCAUAGCUUUAAGCUCAGUGUUCUAUGGCAGGAGAACAAUACCUCUGUUGUGAGGGAACAAUACGUAGGUGCUCUGGGAAACACUGCUAGCCCUUGUGUUAAAGAAUAUUGUGGUAACUUUACUACCUACAGCAUCUUUACUGCAUUGUAGGCCUAACACACUGGUGCUGGGAUUAAGUAACUCAAACCUUAUGAGCAUAAUAGCGGAUCAAGAAAAGAAGACGGCGUCAACACAGAGCUGAACAUGUAUUUCGUCAAAUAAAUCAUUAGAUGAUCGACAAAAUGUAAACUCCAACUCUUUUGAUCGUUGAUUUGUUUCAAUAAUUUUUCAAACAAAAAAUGCCAAAUAUUUACUUUGAGAAUGUGCUGCUUUUUCUGACAUCAUUUUUAAUGAAACUUUGGAUAUCUUUGGGGUUUGGUCUUAUCGCCAACAAAUACACCAAUAGCUUAAAAUUGCAAAAUCAAAAACUAAUUCUACAUUUUCUGCUGUUUUAUGAACCAACGAAGAAAUAAACCAGCAGAUUAUUCAAUAAUGAAGACAAAGACAAAAAAAUGCAGAGCAUGCUUUUGUAAAACGGCAUUUUUAACUGAUACUGACUGUAACAAGAAUUUAGCUUUUUUAUAAUUCUUUUUAUAUAUAUAUAUAUUACUCAUAAUUAUAUGAUGAAGAUAUAUAGGUUUUGCUAAUGUUGUUGCUACAUUAGUGAAUGGAAUCUCUAUUGAACACAUCUUGGCAUUUAAUAAUUAAAUAUUCUCUUUUGAGACAUUAACAUCUUUAUUACAUUGGUUGGCUACAUAAAACUAAAUCAAUAAAUGAUCAAAAAGCAUUACUCAUAUGUACCUAAUAACUGUGUGGUAAUAACACAUUUUAGUAUGUUUUAUUAAUGAUACAGACUGUGCCACGAUCUUUUGUAAAAUAUUUUUUCCAUCUUUGUAGUUUAUCAGUGUUACAAAUAGAUUGAAAAAUCAAUAACGUAAUAUAUAGAUAAUAUGACUACCUAACAUGUUUUGAUGACAUCAUAUCACGGGCUCAAGCAGAUAGAACAAUCAAUACAAUAAGUUAUUAUUAAGGCUAAUAUUACUAAUUUUACAGCGAAAUAUCUCUGUAAUAAUAACAUGCUUUUGUUUUACAACUAUGUAUAACGAUUCAGUGUCUUACAGAUGCUAAAAUCAAUAUAAUAAUAAUAAUAAUAAUAGUAAUACUGAUACUACUACUAAUAAUAAUAGAUUCUGUUUCCUAAUACUUAUAAAAAAGUAAUCUUUUAUUCAUGCCUAAAAGUAUCUGCUUCUGUGUGCAGUUGGUGAAUGUUUUAUUUUACAAUACAAUAUGAUAGCAGAUGCAUGUGGAUAUGUCAAUGCUUUCUUUAUCAAAGUUUUAAAACAUCCAAAUGAGGAUCAAUGAAAAUGAGUCCUUGCCAGUGUGAACUUUGAGUUUAUUCAAUAAUAUGAGUUGACUGGUUGCACGUGUGUUUGUGUGAAAAACUAACACAGUUGACCGAUUAUACUCUGUUUCUUAUGUGCAAUUCAUGGUUAAAUUUGAAUUCCAUCAUCUAUUUAUCAUCCACUAUCUCUCCAUUAUCUGUGCUUUAUGCUCCACUCUCUCGGCCUCCCCUCCUCCUCUUGCUGGCAUUAAGUUCAAACUUGACACUGAUGUUGACUCACUUUGUCACCCCUCGGUGGCUCCCUCUCUCUCUCUCUCUCUCUCUCUCUUACUCUCUCUCUCUCUCUCUCCAUCGCUUGGAGGACAAGAGUGCCCGCAGACGCAUUUCUCUCCAGAGCCCCCCCCUCUUCCUCUUUCACUCUCUCUCACCCUGUCUAACUCUCUCCAUCUCUUUCCUACUCUCUGCUUUACACACAUACACACAGUUAUUGUCAACAAAGCUGGAGAACAAGGGACGUAGGGGGAACAGGGGAAUACAGGUCCACGGAGGAGGAAAGUAACACACAGGACCCACCACAUCAUUUCACCUGGACACUUGGAGGAAGGAUUGGAGGACCGAAGGAGGGAGAGAGGUGCCAAAGGUGACAGUAAACAGGGGCGGACAGGACAGGACUGCUUUCAUUUCUCUUCAUGGUGGUUUGGACACUCGUAGCAUGUAUGAGAAGUUAACCAUGCUGAACCUGCAGAGCGGCUCAAACUGGAGUGGGCCUAAUAACUGGUACCAUGACCCAACCGGCAUUCAGACACAACACAGCACAGUGUCUGAGGGCUGUCUGCUGGACACAGAGGGCAGCAUGGGGGGGGAGGCAGGAGGAGGGGGAACGGGCAGAGGGGGAGGAGUCCCCGUGGAGAGGGACGAGGGCGAGGAGUCUCAGCUGAGGCUGCAGCUCAAGAGGAAGCUGCAGAGGAACAGGACCAGCUUCACACAGGAGCAGAUCGAGGCUCUGGAGAAAGAGUUUGAAAGGACACAUUACCCAGAUGUCUUUGCGAGGGAGAGAUUGGCAAACAAGAUUGAUUUACCGGAGGCCCGGAUACAGGUGUGGUUCUCAAACCGAAGAGCCAAGUGGAGGAGGGAAGAAAAGCUUCGCAAUCAAAGGAGGUCAGGGGGUGUGACUUCCUGUUCACAGAGCCAAGCCCCUCUCACCACUUCCUUCAACACAUCUGUCUACCAUCAGCAGCACGGCAGCAGUUCAGGGUCCAUGUUGAGUCAGGCUGAGUCGUCCCUGCCCAGCUACAGCUCCCUGUCAGUUUUCUCAUCUGGAGUCCAGUCUAUUCCUCCCCAGUCGGCCUCCUCCUACUCCUGCAUGUUACCUCCAUCCCCCUCUGCCCCGCGCAGCUUUGACUCAUCGACGUACUCCUCCCCUCAUCUGCAGACUCCAUCCUCGGCCAACUCCAACACUGGGCUCAUCUCGCCCGGCGUUUCAGUGCCGGUCCAGGUUCCAGGAGCUGAGCAGCAGAGCAUGAGUCAUAACCUGGGUCAGUACUGGGCCAGAUUACAGUGAACAACAGACAAUGGCUGCCAACAAAAGAAGGAGAAAAAAGGGCACGUAACAAAAAAGUGUCAAAACAAAAUGGGGUGACACAGGUUUUAAGGAAGCACAGGACUGAGCUAUAGAGAGGGCCUCAACGAGUUGCAGACCCGAAAUGCAUUAAAUGUUUACAAAUUCAGACAAGAGCAGCUUUGGUUGCACUUGACAGUACUCUGGUCAUACUGGUAUUUGCUUAGUAUUAUCAGGUUGCACUCUUUUGUUUGGAUAGUGUAUUAUCCAUAGGGAUCAUCAGGAUUAGAAAUAGGAUUAGCUUGAGGUGUGUUUAGGAUUAAAAUAGAGUCAGGAUUAGUAAAAGGCUUAAAUUCAGGGUUAGGUUACAUUGUCUUUGGAGAUAAAAAUGGUGCGUUUUAUCACCAGAUAGUUGAGGAUUAGCAUUGGACUCUUUCAAAGUUUUAUCAUUAUUUAUUAUUUACAUUUUACCCAAAAAAAUGCGAUAAAGAAAAUGACUCUGGAUAAAAACAAAAGCAAACUGAAGACUUGUCUGUCCUCUAAAUACACGGAGAUGUGGUUGAAAGCUCUAAAAAGCCAGUAAGUGUACUUUUGAGCUUAUUAUUCUGUUACAUGUUUAAACAAGGUUUAUCCGACCUGACGUUACUACAAGCCCUCUGCCCAUAAACGUAAAUGUCUCCCAAGUUCAUAAAAAAAAGAAUAAAAAGACAGCUUCAUGAACUGCACCCUUGAAUUUUCAAAUAUCAAAAGUGGAAAAAGAGUUUUUUUUCCUCAUGCAUGCAUGCUGAGCAAAUGGCAGGAUUAUGAUUAUAAUUCUACCACACAGAAAUUGAUAUGUGAUUCAGUUGUACUAAGUAAAUGCCAGCAGAUGUCUGUAUUGUGACGUGUAACCACGGUUUCUUGUUACUUGAGCAGCUCAGUGAUGUUGUGAUAGCAAGCUUGUUCCAUAAGCAUAAGCUGCGUGAGGCUACUUUACAGAUGUUCAACUUGCUUACAGCAAUCACUUUUACUAAAACUUAAAAUAAAAAAAUAAAUCCUGCCUACGCUGCCAGCAACAUUACACUAAGACUGAUACUGCAUAUUUUUGUACAGACAUCUAUGUAUGAUGAAGAUAACUGUGAAAUAUUGUCAGACAUUAUUGGAGGGAAGAAUGUAGCACGUUGUGGACUCGAAUCAUCUUCAAAGCACAAAAAUGAUAUCGUUAGGGACACACCAUGUCAAUAUUACUGUCAGAUAUUAUCCGAUACAUAAAAUACAUAAAAAUAUGACUCAUUUACAAGUUUCCUAGAUGACUUUUGCCAAAAACUACAG